GAGAGAGCUGCCUGCUGCAGGGACGCUACACCGGCAAACCUUCUCCGUCUAUUGUCUGGUAUCGUGAUGACAAGGAGCUGAAGGCCAACCAACACAUCAUGUUUAAGAACACGCUAACCACCAUGUCACUGGGCCUGAUGAAGGCACGCCGUGAGCACAGUGGCAGAUACAUGGUUGUGGUGGAGAACAGCACUGGAUCCAGGAAGGGAGUCUGCAACAUCACAGUUGUUGACCGUCCUACCCCUCCUGUUGGCCCUGUGGUGUUCGAGGAGGUGCACAGGGAGUACAUGGUUAUCUCCUGGAAGCCUCCUCUGGAUAGUGGUGGUGUGGACAUCUCCAAUUACAUCAUCGAGAAGAGAGACGUCAACCGAGAUACCUGGACCACAGUGACAUCUGCCACUACCAAGACCGUUUGCAAGAUCCCGAAGCUGACGGAGGGCAAGGAAUACAUCAUGAGAAUCUCUGCUGAAAACUUGUAUGGCAUCAGUGACCCACUGGAGUCUGAGGAGAUGAGAGCCAAAGACCUCUUCAGAGUUCCUGAGGCCCCUGAGAUGCCGACAGUUCGGGAGGUGUAUGCCACCAAUGCUCUGGUGCUGUGGAACCGCCCUCGUGACGGAGGGAGGCCCAUCACGAAUUACAUUCUGGAAAAGAAGGAGCCAGCAGCCAAGAGGUGGUCUAGAGCCACGAGAGACCCACUGUACCCUGCCACUCAAUAUCGAGUCCAGGACCUUCUGGAGGGCUGCGAGUAUGAGUUCAGGGUCAUGGCUGAGAAUGAGCUGGGAACUGGAGACCCCAGCGUCCCCUCCAAACCAAUCCUCGCCAAAGAUCCUAUUG